ACGGGCUUCAGAACUUCGGCCAGAGUGAUUCGUCAGAGUUCUUGUCCCUCCCGCUCAGUCUUGUCUCUCGAUGCGUUGAAGCAUCUGAAAGUUAAAGAUGAUCUUCGGCAGGGCUUCAAGGUAUGCCUUCCCCAAAUUUCAUUUAUUUUCUGCAUCAUCUUCAACUUUGUUCCUUCUUUCUCCUUCAUAUGCCCUUAUUCUCCCCUUUCGGUUCCAUUCUUAUUCGACAAAUCCUCAGAGUAUCGAAGAGGCUCUUUCCUCUUUUAAUCGCUUGCUUAAUGUGCGCCCCCCACCCUCUAUAGUUCAACUUAAUAAGAUCUUAGGAUCUGUUGCAAAGUUGAAACAUUAUCAAACUGUUAUCUCUCUUUUCAAACAAGCACAAUCUAAGGACUUCACGCCAGAUUUGGUUACACUGAGCAUCUUGAUUAACUGUUACUGCCAUGUGGGUCAGAUGACUUUUGCUUUCUCUGCCUUAGGCAAGAUUCUUAAGAUAGGCUGUCGGCCAGAUACGGUUACUCUGACUACACUAAUGAAGGGCCUCUGUAUCAAUAAUGAGGUUGGGAAAGCCUUGGAUUUUCAUGAUGAUCUGAUAGCAAAAGGGUUCCAAUUAGAUAUAGUCAGUUAUGGCACACUUGUAAAUGGACUAUGCAAGACGGAGAAAACAAGAGCUGCCCUUAAAUUGCUGCAAAAAAUGGCGAGAGGGCCGGUUAAGCCAUGGUCAGACGCUGCAAAAUUGUUUAAUCAAAUGAGACUUGAAGGCAUCAACCCUAAUGAUUGUACUUUUAAUAUAUUGGUUGAUGCAUUUUGUAAGGAAGGAAGUGUCACCAAAGCUGAAGCUGUUGUUGGCUUGAUGAUGAAGUGUGGUGUAAGACCUAAUGUAGUUACUUAUAGCACUUUAAUGGAUGGUUACUGUUUGAUUAAUAAUGUUAGUGAGUCAAGGAAUCUAUUCAACAAGAUGGUCCACAGUGGUUUGGCUCCUAAUGUUAUUAGUUAUAGUAUUUUAAUUAAUGGACUCUGUAAAAUCAAGAUGAUGGAUGAGGCCGUGGAUCUCUUUAUGGAGAUGAAGAGCAAAAAUUUGACUCCCAAUAUUGUCACCUAUAGCUCUCUUGUUGAUGGUUUGUGCAAAUCUGGUAAAAUGUCCUAUGUGCAGGAUAUUAUUUAUGAGAUGUAUGAUAGAGGUCAGCCCUCAGAUAUAAUAUUUUAUAGUAUCUUGUUGGAUGGAUUGUGCAAAAGUGGUCAUCUUGAUCAGGCUAUCACAUUAUUUCAGCGAAUUGUUGACCAGAAAAUUCAGCCUAAUACAUACACAUAUACUAUACUUAUUAGUGGUUUGUGCAAAGCUGGUAGAUUGAAUGAUGCGCGACAGAUUUUCCAUUAUCUUUUGGUCAAUGGCUAUCCUUUGGAUGUCCAAUCAUAUACUGCAAUGAUGAAUGGACUCUGUAAAGAGGGCUUGUUUGAUGAGGUUAAGGCAUUCCUUUCUACAAUGAAGGAGAAUGGAUGCUCACCUGAUUUUGUAACCUUUGAUAGAAUUAUUAGGCCUCUUUUGGAAAGAGGUGACAAUGAUAAGGCAAAGGAUCUACUAGAUGAAAUGUUCACUAGAGUUUAAGGUUAGAUAUUUUCCUUCAGAAUUAUUUGAUUGCUGAUACUCACUUUUGUGGUGAAAUUUGUUGUAAUAUCGAACAGAUUUGUUUCUUUUAAGUAAGCUUUGGGUAGAUCUACCGAAGCGUGUGCUUUAUCAGCAUAUUUGGUAUUCUACUUUUUAAUGCUGCAAUACCUUAUAAGCA